UACCGAAAUUACAUCUGGAUUUCAUUUAUCGAAUUGACAGGUUGGCCUACAUGAACAUGCAUGCAGUUUUAGGAAGAUACGGAUUUAAAUUGAUUGGGGUUCAGUUUCUGUCCUUCUCUCAAUCCACGGCUCACCAGGAUAGUUGUAGAAGCUAGCUCCAGCUAUAAACCAUUAGAGUGAUGAGAGAAAAGGUUGAGAAAAGAGCAUAAAAAAUGGGAAAGUUGAAUUCAAGUCUCAUUUCUUCAGAUUAUCACAGUAUUCUACUUUUCCUACUUCUUUUAUCACAGUAUUCCAUUGAAGCAGCAUCUUGUGCCUCGAGAGUGAAGUUCCUUCCAGGAUUCGAGGGACCCCUUCCUUUUCUUCUUGAAACUGGGUAUGUGGGAGUGGGAGAAUCAGAAGAUGUCCAAACAUUUUAUUACUUCAUUGAGUCAGAUAACAAUCCCAAAGAAGAUCCUCUCCUGCUUUGGCUAUCCGGUGGCCAUGGUUGUUCAUCCCUAACUGCCUUUUUACUUGAAAUAGGUCCAGUUGCAAUAAAACAGGAGGAAUACAAUGGAGGUCCACCCAACUUGAUCCUCAGGAAUCAAUCAUGGAACAAGGUUAGUAGCAUUAUAUAUGCAGACUUGCCUUUUUCAACAGGCUUUAGUUAUGCCAGAACAGAACUUGCUGUUCAAAGAAGUGAUACGUUGUUUGUUGAUCAAGCCCAUGAAUUUCUAAGGAAGUGGUUAAUUGAUCAUCCAAAUUUUUUGUCGAACGAAGUUUACAUUGCUGGUAGUUCAUAUUCUGGCAUUCCCAUUCCAGCAAUUGUUCAAGAAAUUGCACAAGCUAACGAAGAAGGGAUUCAACCAAAGAUAAAUAUCCAGCUUGUAUCAGGACUUUAUAGUUCCAAUAUUUUGGAGCCGUUGUGUGUGUUCGAUGAACUUGAAUCUCCUUUGAGAAGAUCCCUAAUUAAGAAAUUUUCUGAAGAGCAUUUCUUGAAAACUGAUCUCAAAGUGUCAGACGUAACAUGUCCGACUUAUACAUCACUCCUUAUGACUUAUUGGGCAAAUGAUGAUACUGUUCGAACUGCACUUAAUGUCCGCAAGGGAAGUAUAGGAACAUGGACUCGUUGUAAUCAUGAUAAAGAUUACAAGAAGGAUAUUUCAAGCAGCCUUGAAUAUCACGCAAAUCUUAGUAAAAAAGGAUAUCGUUCAUUAAUAUACAAUGGCGAUCAUGACUUGUUGGCUACUUUCUUGGCAACUGAAGAAUGGAUAAAAUCUUUAAACUACUCAAUUGUUGAUGAUUGGAGGCCAUGGAUUUCAAAUGGCCAAGUUGCAGGAUACACAAGGACUUACUCCAAUCGGAUGACAUUUGCAACUGUGAAGGGUGCGGGCCACAAAGCUACGGCUGACAAAUCCGGAGAAUGUUAUGACAUGUUCAGUAAAUGGAUAUCUAAGAAGGCUUUGUAGGAAAUUAAAACAAAGGCCAUUUAAGAUGCUGCAAAGGACAGAAUUUAUCUGUUUCCUAAUAAAUGUGUUCUAAUGAACCCAAACAUAGUAUUAUACCUUCAAAUAUAAAAGGAGGGAUUAAGUUUUUUUU